AUGAGGAACCUCCGUCUGUACGAGUGUCUGCAGUCGUGGGAUCUUUCCACGGCAAGAUCCACCGUCUUUGGUGUCUUUGUUAUGCCAGAGGUCCUGGAGAGUGCUGUGGCUGAUAUCUACAGGCAGAAGGCGACCAAUGAGCACCGGCAGAGGGCGGGGCUCGGCUUGAGCAGUGGGCGGAGCCCCCAGAACGGCGGUCGCAGCCUCAACCGGGAAGGGGUGACGUCACAUUAUCGCGCCUCUUUCUUGGCUUCCGGGUUGGAGAGGAAAACAAGCGACGCCGGGGAGUGUCACGUGGCGGGUACCUGCAAAUGCCUGGCUUCUGUUGCGAUGGAGAAAAAAUCCAGAUUGCCCAGAGGAGAAAGGAAAGAACGCCAGGACUUUGAGACUUUGCCUAUUUAUCGAUACAGGAAGAAAUUAGUUGAAGCCGUCCGCGACAAUGCUUUUCUCGUGGUUACCGGCGAGACAGGGAGUGGAAAAACCACUCAGCUCCCAAAAUAUUUAUUCCAAGAAGGAUUUGCCAAACAUGGCCUGAUUGGCGUGACGCAGCCGCGGCGAGUGGCUGCCAUGUCUGUGGCGCAGCGGGUAGCGGAGGAGAUGAGCUGCCCUCUGGGAAGCAUCGUGGGGUAUCAGGUUCGCUUUGACGAGUGCGUUUCGGAGGAUACCUCAAUCAAGUAUAUGACAGACGGCUGCUUGCUGAGGCAGAUACUGGCAGACCCGCAUCUUUCCAAAUACAGCGUCGUCAUCCUCGAUGAAGCUCACGAGCGGAGCCUAAGCACGGACAUCCUCUUUGGCUUGCUGAAGCAAAUGUUCCUCAAGAAGGAACCCCCUGGCAGAAAGAAACCUCUCAAGGUGGUGGUCAUGUCCGCCACCCUGGACACUGGCAAGUUUUCCGAGUUCUUCGGUGGCUGCUUGGUGGUGGACAUCCCAGGAAGGAGCUACCCAGUGAAGGAGAUCUUCUGUGGCUUCGUGGGACCGAGGGAUGCUGGGAGCUCUGCUUACGUGACAGAGACAGUCAAAGUGACCUUGGACACCCACUUGAACGGCUCGACUGGGGACAUCCUGGUUUUUCUGACUGGUCAGUCUGAGAUCGAGAGGGCUUGUGAGCUGUUGUUCCAGAAAGCCGAGGCCAUCGACUACUCUCUUGACGUGAAAGAUGGCUCAGUCGAAGGUCUCCUCCUGCUGCCGUUGUACGGGUCAAUGGCAACAGAUGAGCAGAGGAGAAUAUUUCUCCCUCCUCCACCAGGUAUCAGAAAGUGUGUGGUGUCCACAAACAUUGCAGCGACGUCUCUGACCAUUGAUGGAAUCAGGUAUGUGGUUGACAGUGGGUUUGUGAAGCAAGUCAACCAUAACCCGAGAGUGGGCUUGGACAUGCUGGAGGUGGUCCCCAUUUCCAAGAGUGAAGCAUUACAACGAGCAGGACGAGCUGGAAGAACAGCGUCUGGGAAAUGCUAUCGAGUGUACAGCAAGGAAUUCUGGGAGGAGUGUAUGCCUGACCACAUGGUCCCAGAGAUUAAACGAACCAGCUUGACAUCUGUGGUCCUCACCUUGAAGUGCCUCGCAAUCCACAAUGUCAUAAGAUUUCCAUAUUUGGACCGCCCAGAAGAGAGGCGCAUCCUGGAAGCCUUGAAGCAGCUUUAUCAAUGCAGCGCCAUUGACAGGAGAGGUUACAUGACCAAACUUGGCGAGUUCAUGGUGCAGUUUCCCCUCCCUCCAACCUUGACGUGCGCCGUCAUAAAGUCCAUUUCUCUGGGCUGUGAAGAUCUGCUGCUCCCGAUCGCAGCCAUGUUGUCGGUAGAAAACUUCUUCAUCCGACCAGGGGAUCCCCAGAGGCGAGAGGAAGCAGAGUGCCGCCACCAGGAGCUGUCUUUGCAAGCAGGAGGGCGUGACGACUUUGCAACGCUCCUCAACAUCUUUGAACGGUGCAAAUCAAGCAAAUCCCCUUCGAGUUGGUGUCGGAAAAACUGGAUCCACUGGAGAGCUCUGAAACUAGCAUUCAGCGUGGAACAGCAGCUUCGGGAAAUUGCUGGGAAACUUAAGCAGCUGCCAGACUUUCCAAGAGAACAUUUCGACGGCUCCCGAAACGAGCUCCUGAGACGAUGCCUCUGUGCUGGCUAUUUUGCCAACGUCGCCCGAAGGUCCAUAGGAAAGUCGUUCUGCACCAUGGAUGGCCACGGCAGCGUGGUCUACGUUCACCCUUCGUCAGCUCUCCGUGAUCAGGAAGCCCAGCUGGAGUGGAUCAUCUUCCAUGACGUCCUUGUGACCUCCAAGGUUUACAUGAGGACGGUGUGUCCCGUCCACUACGAGUGGGUCCAGGACCUGCUGCCGAGACUUCACCAAAUUGACGCUUACGAGCUGAGCAGCGUGGCACGGGAGGAAGUGACUGAGGAUGAACUGGCCCGUUGGAGGAGGAAAGAGGACCUUGCGAGCCAAAAGGAAAGAGCAACAAAUGAAUCUGGGAAGAAGAUGGAGAGAAGAAACGACGACCAGUCAAUACUGGAUGCUCGGACACGAUACCUGGAGAGGAAGCGGCAGAGAACGCAGGGAUCAGAUGCCCCUUGGAAGGAGACUAGCUAGCAAUCUCCAGGU